GCGAGCGCGACUUCUCCACGUAGACCUGGAACUGCUGGUGGGCGAGCCGCGCCAUCUAUACGCUUUCAUGCAACACGUCAAGUCUACAAGCCAACUGCAGCUCCUACAGUUCUAUAAGGACAUCAGUGAGUAUUAUGACACAUUUUAAACCUUAUUGCAAGGACAUAGGGUCCACAAACGAAGAGCAAGGGCGGCUUCUCCACGUAGACCUGGAACUGCUGGUGGGCGAGCCGCGCCAUCUAUACGCUUUCAUGCAACACGUCAAGUCUACAAGCCAACUGCAGCUUCUACAGUUUUAUAAAGACAUCAAACUGUUUCAAACCAAGCUGCUUGACCCAAACCUAAGGCCUAGUGAAGAAGAGCAAGUAACAUUAUUUCGCGAAGCGACGGAGCUACUGGCUCGACGUGGUAAUACAAGCGUUAUACAUAAUGGAGACCUUAAGAGAUUACAAACAUGCCCCGAAAUAUUCACGGCGGCUAACGAGGUUCAAACCGUGCUCGAGAAUGUGCUGCUGCCCCGUUUCUUACACAGCGAGGAGUAUUACAAAAUAUUGAUCGGAUCAAGAAUAGCCACGGGCUACCAAAAGCAAAACAAGAGGGCACCACCAGUCCGCACUAAAGGCCCACCACGCGCGCCCACCUCCGGCCUGGUGUUGGAGCACUGCGGCAACGAAGACGGCGACGACGGCGCCCUACUGGCGUGUCUAGAACACCUCGCCGACGAGCUGGAUGAUGACCUUGUCACAUACAAAGUUGUAUUAACCAGCGUCGACAUCAGAAUGCAAGCGCCUCCCCGCACCGGCACCGUCCGCGUGUUCACGCUCUGCGUGUACUGCGUGGAGCGCGGCGCCGAGCCCCGCGCGUGGAGCGUGGCCCGCAGCGAGCACGACUUCCACCUGCUGCGGAGCAAGCUGCAGGAGUUCCACGGCGAGCGCCUGCUGCAAGACCUGCCGCUGCCUUCCAGGAGAGACAACAGCCCAUUGGAAACGCUCCGCUACAAAUACGAAGACUUCCUGCAGCGCGCCCUAGAAGCCCCUUUACUCCAGAGCUCCGCACUGCUUCGGCUGUUCCUCUCUUGCACGGACUUCGCUCUCGCGGCGGCCGCUGCCGCUUUAAAUGGACCAGAUAUAGGGAACAUGGUUACGGCGGUUACACAUAAGUUGAGGAAAGAAAAGGGACAGCAUUUGGAGUCGUUCUUGAGGAAUUAUCUAUUGUCUGCUGAUUUGGAGCGAUAUCAAGCGCUAAAACAAGGCGCAGGCGUAGAAGAGGCUCAAGAAGUGAGCGAAGACGUAAGCAAAAGUGCGCGUCGCCGCGACAUCAGAGAAUCAGUAUUUGGCAACAAUUUCGAUGUCGAACCCAGUGGGGAACUUAUCGAUGGCAGCUAUCAAGACAAAGUUAAGGGAUUCACGCAGUGUCUUAUGUAUUUAUUAAUAAAAGUGAUCCGCGCCCGCGGCUGGGUCGUGCGCGCGCUCGGCGGGGCGCUGGGCGCCGCCCACCGCGCGCUCGACGACGCCGCCGAGCACUGGCUCAGCAACACGCUCGCCACCAGCCUGUGCGAACGACGGCUGGCGCAUCUUAUUACACUAGGACAUGACAUAUUAUUCGGCAAGAAAUCCAUCCCACCGCGACUGCCAGCCGCCAAGCAGCGUCGCGCGGCGCACGCGCGCCUGCGCCGCGCGCUGCCCGCCGCGACCGCGCUCGCGCACGCGCACGCGCUCGGCAGCGGCGCCGCGCUGGCACUGGAUAAAGCGUUUGAGCUGCUGCAGCGCCCGCAGCUUAACAAACAGUUGGUGUACAAUCUUCUCGAUCUAUGCAUAAUGGAGCUGUUCCCGGAAUUAAGUGCCACAGAUAACAAAUCACCGAACGAACCAAAGAGUUGAGGCAGUGUUGUAAACUAUCAAAAUUUUAUAUUUAUAAGUACCAUCUUAGGGUGGUGAUACCACAUGUCCAAUGUAUUGGUCCAAUGUGUAUUUGCGUCUCACAUUUUCCUCAAUGAGAGAGCGAGACGCAAUGACAUUGGACAAAUGGAAUACCACCUUUACACACUUUUAACUGGGCUAUUCUGUUUAAGGUUUUACUACACUUUCUUAUC